UCAUUCAAAGAACACUACAAACAGAGCUCACCGAUCUUUUCUCUUUCUUUAUCCACCUUACUUUCCAACCUCAAGGUUUUCCAAGAAAAUGAUGAUAAACGCAAAGAAGCUCAUGAAGAUGGCCAAGAAAUGGCAACAAAGAGCAGCCUUAAACAGGAAAAGAAUCUCACUUCAGAGGUCAAGUGCUACUACUAGUAGCUCAACUGCUGUAGAAAAGGGAUGUUUCGUGGUUUACACGGCAGAUAAAAUCCGCUUUGCUUUUCCAAUAAGUUACCUGAGCAACCCUAUCGUCCAAGAGCUCUUGAGAAUAUCAGAAGAAGAGUUUGGUCUCCCGACGGAAGGACCUAUCACAUUGCCAUUUGAUUCGGCUUUUCUAGAGUAUCUCAUAAAACUGAUCCAAAGACGAAUGGAUGGAGAUACGGAAAAGGCUUUGUUAAUGUCAAUCUCAAGUGCUAGAUGCUCUUUGCAACCACAAGAACAACAAAGUAGUGUUAUUACUCAACAAAUGCUUGUAUUUUAGAGUUCAGUAAAUACAUGUGUUUUGUAAAGUUUAUAGUAGAUUAGAUAGAUCGAUCUGUUCAGAAAUACAAACUAUUCUUUUGUCUC